AGGAAAAGGCCUACAAUGGAGAGCGAACAGGAAGUAAACAUAAUAUGAGUGUCUGCACCAAGUAAGGAAUAAGUGUUUAAAGUAAAAAUGGAUCGAUUUUCAUGGUCGAACGGGCUCCUAGAAAUCGACGAAACUCUGGUGAUCCAGCAGCGAGGUGUCAGACUGUAUGACGGCGAUGACAAGGUGAGUUUUUGAUGUCUUUUAGGCUCAGUGUGGCCUAAAAAAAACACAGAGCAAAGUUACACGGUACAGUUUCAAUAAGAUGAAAAUUGCAGCGAGUCUGACAUUAUUGAGUGUUAAAAUACCGAUUUUUAUCUAUUAAUGCACCCUCAUUUUUUUAUUUACACCAGGCUAAGCUGGAUCUUGGAGUUGCAUUGUUGAGUACUCAUCGGCUGAUCUGGAGGGACGUCAAAAACCAUGUAAAGCACCUUUCAUGACUACAACUCACUACCUGCACUUUGUACUCUAUCUAGGACUGGGCGGUAUGGGUAAAAGUUUAUCACGGUUAUUUUUUUCCCCAUAUCAAUUGAUUUCGAUAUUGUAAGGAUGCCUAGCCCAUGUUUACACUUUUACACAUUCUGCUUGCAUCUUGAAGGAGAGUCCAUGUAGGGUAAUAACAAAGCACAACAUAUUUUGGGAGCCCGAGUGAUGUGGGUACAAGGUCCUUGUUUAAUGAUGGUUGUCGGAGGCCCAUGGUUCCAGAAAUCUAGCACCAAAGUAUCCAAGGUACUUGAGUGACAGCUCCACCACCCUAAAGGCUGACAUGACUGGCUGAAGAAAAUCACCCCAACAGAUAUGUAUCAUGAUAUAAAAAAAAUGAAAUUUAACGUCGCGUAUUGAUAGCAUGUCUUCUGCAAUACAAUAAGCUACUGCAUCUGUGAGGUCUUUGUGUCUCUUCAACGUUUUGCCGUAAGGCCUUGCGUUAGAGAAAGGGGACUGAGGCGGUCGGCUGUUUUGGAACAUGUACUCGACAAAAUUUGCUGUGCACAUUACUCUGCUUCAUGUCUGGCCUCAAAUAACCAAGAUACCUCCACACCACUGAUGUUUUCAUGCCAGUGUUGUCGACAGUGUCAUCAUCUGUUGAGACUUCAUCUGCAUUUCUGCCGGGGGUAGCACUGUUUUUUUUUUUUUUUUCUCACUGACAGUGCUGUGGUUGUGUGUAGCUGCAGCCUGCUACUACACAGGUGUUUGCUACUUGGUUCUUAUUCAGCACAUUAUUGGUUUGGAAAGCAUAUUGACCAUGUCUUAUAUUGAUAUUGAGGGAAAUUAGUUUUCAAUAUAUAUCAUUAUCGUUUUAUCACCCACCCCUAAUUGUACCUUUUCUGUUAACAUUGCGUUUGCUGACUCUUUAUUUCUUUUCCCAUCUGUAGGAAUGCUGCAUAGCCAUGCCUUUGUCACAGAUUAUCUUCUUUGAAGAGCAGGCUGGGGGGAUAGGAAAGAGGUGAGUGUCCGAAAUAGAUUUGAUGUUUACUAUUUACAUGAUCCAGGUCCAGGGUUUUACUAUUGCCUUGUAAAAGUAUAAAACAUUAGGAGCUUGUUUUAUGCAUAAAUGGACAAUCUGACCCCAAAAUUUCAAGCCAAAGGUCAAACUUUUGUUUGUUCUGGAGCUUACAGCUUUCACCUAAGGCUAUCCUCAUCAGUGGACAGAAAUUAGUCAGUCUGCACAGAGUUGUCAUCUAUAGUUACAGACAGUUAGAAGCUCCAGAAAAUUAGGAUAAUUCUUGGACACCAUUUUUAGACAUUCGACUCUUUUUAUGGUUUAGAUGAAGUAAAAUGAACAUGUGCAUUGUUUGUCUUGUAGUGCAAAAAUAGUCGUCCACCUACACCCAGCACCUGCCAACAAAGAGCCGGGUCCCUACCAACACAGCAAAUACUCCUUCAUCAAGUUGUCUUUCAAAGAACAUGGGCAGAUUGAGGUACUCUAAAUUGUAGAACUAGCUUUGAAGAACUUUCUGUUCAAACUUUUGUGCCUGUUGCUGAGCCUUUUAAAGGCUAAGUCUGUAUUUUGGUGAUUACAAUGUGGAUCUGACAUGGAGUCUUUUGCUUGUAGUUUCACAGGAGGCUAACAGAAGAAAUGACUCAGAAGAGAUGGGAGAACACACCGGUCUCACAGCCAAUCCCCACAGGAACUGGCCCCCAGGUUAGAGGCAUAACAGAUGGUCCCUCAUAGUAAUACUAGACUGUAUUCUUUUCAUAUGACCUUAAACUCCUUAAGUUUUAUUUUUGGUGAUUUAUUUUGUUUUGAUUUGUUAUCUAUAAUUCAAACAGCCUAACUACAAGUCAGCACUACACCAGGCAAUCAUAAUGGGUUUGUUUUGUUAGUCAGUUAUAAUUGUGUCCCACAGGAUGGCAGUGUUGUCACUACAUUCUGGGACCAAGCAGCUCAAAUUUGUCAACAUUUCUGCCUUUAGCAACGUUAGAGCUUUUCAAUAAGUAAAAGUAUAUAAGAUAUUUAGCUUUUGUUUUUUUCACCAUUACUUAAUUUUGUAAACUGGGUAAAGUAUCCCACAGUACAAUUCACACCAAAGUAUGAAGUCUUUGAUACCAUCAAAACAUACAAAGUUAAAUUCAAUCAUAUACAGUAACAUGAGGUAACCGCAUUUUUUUUUUUUUUGCCCUCCUCUGUGUUUGUUUUUCCUUUCUUUCGAGGCUUGGCUGACUUUGAAAUUGCUUGUGUUUCACUCUGUGUGUUUUUCUUUCCUUUGUGGUUUUUAUAGGCAGGAAGGACACGUGCAGUUGGGAUUGUCGGUAUUGAGAGAAAGAUAGAAGAGAGGAGGAAAGAAACAGACAAAAACAUUUCAGAGGUACUUGAAAACUGAAUAAAAGUUCUGGAAAAUAUGUCAAAAUCGAAGUUGUUAUCGGUUUGAACCACAAGUGAAGGAUACUCCCCAUUUGUCCUUGUAUCAACCGCCUCUCCGCUUUAGUUUUUUAUUAAUAUAUAUUUGGAAAUAUUUUACAAUAAAGAUACUAAAUUGCUGAGUGGUUUGGUUUGAGCUAUUUCCAUGAAGACUUUGUUAUGUUUUUUUCUUCUGUCAUAAAAAAUCCCCACUUUGAAUAUUCUGUGGCUGAUUUCAACUGACCACAGCUGCCGUGCAACUAGUCAAGCAACCAUGAAGUUAUGUGUUAAUAAAACAGCUGUUGGACAUACUUUGUAAAUGUCUGAAACGCAUCUUGUCAUAAUGACAUAUAUUACACUGUAGCCUAUGAACAGUAUGAAAUUCAACAAAUAAGGCUAAAAGACUACAUGUUAAGUUUGAACAGUGAGGAUUUGGAUUUAGAUUUUGUCGAUAUUAAAUUAAUGUCUGUAUCCAUGAAGUUUUGAGGCUUUCUCCAUUAGGAGCAUUUUUGAGAAAUAAUUAUUUUGUCCCGUUUUUCAGGCAUUUGAGGACCUCAGUAAGCUAAUGGUGAAGGUAGGGAAUGAGUUGCAUUGUAUCUUAACUUUUCAUGAGAAUUGCUCACAUUGAAUUAGACUAAUUGUUUUUGGUUUUACAUGCUAUCUACUUUUUUCACUGUAUUAUUCUUUAAAUAACUUGACAAUGUAUAGCACAUUUGCGUUAAGCUGCUAAACUGCCAUGUGUAUGGACUUUGCUAAGGCAUUUUCUAAUAUAACAACAGGCCAAAGAGAUGGUGGAGUUGUCCAGGUCUAUAGCCAACAAGAUUAAAGACAAGCAGGGAGACAUAACAGAGGAUGAGGUAAGAAGCUGAACAGCAGAAACAAGUUGUCAGUGAACUACUUGAAUAUUUUGAAAAUGUAUUAUUGUCAUUACUAUCAUUAUGUUCUGCUUUAUAGACGAUCAGAUUUAAGUCCUACCUCCUGAGCAUGGGUAUCGCGAACCCUGUUACCAGGGAAACGCAUGGAUCAGGCACACAUUACCACAUGCAGCUGGCAAAGCAACUGGGAGACAUGCUACAGGCUCCUCUAGAGGUUGGUAUUAAGUUUGUGUUUCACAUAUUUCCCACCUGCACAAGAUAAAAUACACAGAUUUGGGUUGUCUCCUCACUUUAAUAUAUAAACUUCUUUUCCAAAUGAAGUUCUGUGAACCACUUUAAAUCUCUGCUCUUUCAGGAGCGCGGUGGUAUGAUGGCUCUCACUGAGGUCUACUGUCUGGUCAAUCGUGCCAGAGGGAUGGAGGUAAUGGUUACCUUAAAUCAUAUAAGUGUUUGUUCCCCUGAAUGUAGAUGAAUUGUUUAAAAAAUACACCUUUAGUAAUACUAUUAUUUCUUUUUCUCAGCUUUUGUCUCCAGAAGAUUUGUUAAACGCAUGCAAGAUGUUUGAGUCAUUAAAACUCCCACUGAGGUGAGUCUGACUUUUGUUUCCCUUCACAUUGAAUUGCUUGACGUUCCAUUGUGCGCUCUCAUACAAUUCACUGUGUAUAGUCAAGGCUGCAUGUUUAUCAAAGGAAUAUAGGGCAGGUUGGCGCCUGCUUCACAGAGCCCAGGCUCUUCCUGCCUGGCUUCCUGUUGUUGGAAGCGUUGUCCAGCCUUCUGCAGCUGUCAUUUCCUGUCACUUUCAGGGUUUUCAAAAGAAACGCAGCUCUGUUUCCUUAACAUGCUGGCUUUAGGACCUCCAAACUAGUUGUUGUCUUUACACUUCCUCCCCUGAUUUAGCUGAAUAAAGAUGACCUCAGUUUAAAUCUGUCAGACAGAAAUCUAUCUCUUUCCGUCAUGUGUCUGGUGCUCUUUGUAGACUGCGAGUGUUUGACAGCGGUGUGAUGGUGGUCCAGCUGCAGUCUCACAGUGAAGAGGAAAUGAUAGCCUCAGCACUGGACAAUGUAAGUUUUACGGUGACAAACAUAAUGUUGACAAUAACAUGUAGACUUAACAAACAAAAUGUAUCUUCAGACAGUCAAGACCCAUCUCUUUCUUUCCUCCCUCUCUUGCAGGUGUCAGACAAAGGCUCCUUGACUGCAGAGGAGUUUGCAAAACUUUUGGGUCUCUCUGUUCUGCUGUCCAAAGAGAGGUAAGUUCACAUGUUUAAAUUCUUGAUAUUGCUCUAACAAUUAUGUUUGUUAUUUAUAUUAUGUAGUCACAUAUGUUUCUCCCUCUUUCUUAAUUUUAAAUGUCUAAAUCUCUGUACCUUUCUCAUAUUCAGGUUGUUGCUGGCUGAGAAGAUGGGCCACCUGUGUAGAGAUGACUCUGUUGAGGGUUUAAGAUUCUACCCAAAUCUUUUUUGAGCCGUUUACUAUCAUUAUCAUGAAGAUGGAGAGGAAAUACUUUGCUGCACUUGGUUUACUGAUGCAUCAAAACAAUCCUACCAUUACACCUCCAUACUGAUACAGAGCAGCAUAAUGUCUGCUGUAACUAUCAAGUUAAUGGAGAUUAUUGAAUGGCUGGUGUUUUAUUAGUGGCAAAUCUUUGACAGAGUAACCCCAUCGUUUUUCAAAGAGAUACGGUCUGUCUUUGACGCUUGUUCAAGAACAUGCAAAUACUGUAAAUGGAGUUCAAUGUUCCCAGAUCAGUCUGUGUGUUGGAGCCUGGGUUAAGAAAUAAAUGGGAUGAGGGGAAACUUUC